CCACACCUGUCGCCUCAGUCUCUCUCUCUUCUCUCAUAAACAAAAAAGAAGAAGAAAAAGAGAGGAAAACACAAGAACCUGCCAUUCGAAACGAUCUCAAUCCAGAUCUGGUGGGGGAUUUAGAUUCUGUUACUCGAAAUCGGAAAUGGCGGAGGAUCUGAUCAAGCGGCUUGAAGCCGCGGUGACGAGGCUCGAGGUGGUGUCGAGGAAUGCGGGAGGAGGAGGUGGAGUUUCUCUCUCCGGAGGUGGAGAUGCCGUCGCUGAUGUCGCGUCUUCGGAUCCGUCGAUUCUGGCAUUCGAGGAUCUUAUCUCAGAGCGCGUCGUUAGGAUUUUGAGCGCGGCUGAGAAGAUCGGAGGACAGGUGCUUGAUGGGAGUAAGAUCGUCGCCGAGGCCUUUUCUGCUCAGAAGGAGCUUCUUGUCCGAAUCAAGCAAACUCAGAAGCCUGAUCUCGCCGGUUUGGCAGAGUUUCUUAAGCCAUUGAAUGAGGUGAUAAUGAAAGCUAACGCCAUGACAGAAGGGAAGCGUUCAGAUUCCUUCAACCACUUGAAGGCUGCUUGUGAUAGUCUCACGGCAUUGGCAUGGAUUGCUUUCACUGGAAAAGACUGUGGUAUGAGCAUGCCUAUCGCCCAUGUGGAAGAAAGUUGGCAGAUGGCUGAGUUUUACAACAACAAGGUUCUUGUGGAGUACCGUACCAAAGACGCAAAUCACGUUGAAUGGGCUAAAGCUUUAAAAGAACUUUACUUACCUGGUUUAAGGGAUUAUGUUAAGAGUCAUUACCCCUUGGGCCCUGUAUGGAGUGCUACUGGAAAGCCUGCUGCUGCCCCUGCAAAGGCUCCUCCACCUGGCCCUCCUGCUCCUCCACCUGCACCGUCAGCAUCUCUAUUCAGUUCGGAAUCUUCUAAGCCUUCAUCAUCGUCGAAUGAGAAGCAAGGGAUGAGUGCUGUAUUCCAGCAGAUUAGUUCAGGGGGUGUCACGUCAGGUCUUCGAAAAGUGACUGAUGAUAUGAAGACGAAGAACCGUGCUGACAGAUCUGGUGUUGUUGGUGUUGCUGAGAAGGAAAGUCGCACCCGCUCACCAGCCUUUUCGAAAACUGGGCCUCCAAAAUUGGAACUUCAAAUGGGUCGCAAGUGGGCUGUUGAGAACCAAAUAGGUAAGAAGGACCUGGUUAUCGAUGAGUGUGAUGCCAGACAAUCGGUCUAUGUAUUUGGGUGCAAAGAUUCUGUCUUGCAGAUACAAGGAAAAGUGAACAAUAUUACUAUUGACAAAUGCACCAAGAUGGGGAUUGUUUUUACGGAUGUUGUUGCUGCAUUUGAGAUUGUGAAUUGCAACAACGUUGAAGUUCAAUGUCAGGGUUCGGCUCCCACAAUUUCAGUGGACAACACAACCGGUUGUCAGUUAUACUUAGGCAAAGAUGCGUUAGGGGCUGCUAUAACAACAGCCAAAUCUAGUGAGAUCAAUGUAAUGGUGCCCGGAGCUGUCCCUGACGGAGAUUGGGUGGAACACGCAUUGCCGCAACAAUACAAUCAUGUGUUCAAGGAAGGUAGGUUCGAGACGACCCCCGUCUCUCACUCGGGCGCGUAAACAGAAUCUCUCCAACACUCGGGGGUAUGUUGAUUUUUACUUAUAACGAUGUCGUAUAUCGUUCGGGCCAUUAUUAUUUUGCGAUCUUCCACCAGAUUUUUCGAACUCUCUUCUCUGGCUCUGGCUGGUUCUAAAAGAUGUGGUUUGUUCUUCUGUUCAUUGGUUUGGUUUGGAGGUGUUUUUUGUGUUGUGUUGUGUGUGAUGUCGUGAUAUGAUCGAAAGAAAGAGGUUUUGUUUGGUUUGUGUUAUAUUUACUUUCUUCUUUGAAAUUUUAUGGAACAUUUUUUUGGGUAAUUAAUUUUUUUUAAUUAUUGUAAUGAACAAUUACGAUAUAACAAUAGUUGGUAACA